UCUGUGAAAUGGGAGUCCGCACUGACAGGAUGGUAGAGUUCGUUCUUUCUUAGCCCUGAAGGUCUAGGGUAUUUCACUGUUGGAGGUUCAGCAAACAACGGCAUGGCAACUCGAGAGGAUGAAACGGGGCUGCUUCAAAUGUCCAGUGUUUGGACCCCGAGUCGAAACGAGUGGAGGAGGGUAACAGGGACCUACUCCAUAGCAGGCCGGGCGCUGGGGGGGGGCAGUGCACGCCACUCAGUUAAGCCUGUUUACAUGAAACAGCAGAUUCAAGCCUCCCAUAAGGUUCAAAUUCCCAACCCCAAAGCCAGUUAG